AUGACUAUGAUACUCAUGACUGUGAUUGCAACCAUGACGAUUACGAUCAUGAUCACGAUGAUCAUGAUUAUGACGAACACGACCAUGACUAUGAUUGCGAUCACGAUUAUGAUUAUGAUCAUUGCCAUUAUGACGACUAUCAUUAUGACUGCGAUUACGACAACCGCGACGAUGAUUGACUAUGAUGAUUACGAUUAUGGCCAUGACGAUUAUGACUACGACUAUCAUGACCGCGAUUAUGAUCACGACCAUGAUUAUGACGAUGGUGAUAGUGAUUGCGAUUAUUAUGACUGUGACUACGAUCAUGAUUACGACGAUUAUGAUCACGAUGAUUACGAUUUUGAUUACUAUUAUGAAUAUGAUUAUGAUUAUAGUUACGAUUAUGGUCACAAUUAUGAUUGUGACGAUCACGAUUAUAACGAUUAUGAUAGACACGAUCGUGAUUACGGCUAUGAUAGUCAUGCUUAUAAUGAUUGUGAUUAUGAUGACCGUGAUUAUGAUCAUGAUGACUACGACUAUGAUUGCAAUGCCUAUGACUACGAUUAUGAUGGUUAUGUUUGUGACUGCGGUUAUGAUGACGAUCACGGAUAUGAACGCGAUAAUGAUUACGACUAUGUUCAUGAUCAUGAUCAUUAUGAUCGCGAUUGA